AUGUGGAGCAGUUCCUGGAGAGCCUUUCCAAGACCUACGAGGUACCCGGAGCCCCCACGUUCCCCUGGGGGCUUGCGGGAAGCCGGUGGGGUGCCUCUGCAUCGGGGAGGGAGGGACUCAGGCAGCCGGUGCAGGGACCUUUGCCUGCUCCCCCAGAUCUUCAUCUUCACAACUGGAAAGCGGGACUAUGCCGAGAAGGUCCUGGAUGUGCUGGACCCCAAGAAGAAGCUGAUCAGGCACUGCCUCUCCCAGCCGGACUGCCUCUGUGCCCGGGAAGGACCUGACCCGCCUGGGCAGGGACAUGGCCAAGACGGUGGCCCUGGACCACGCCAUCCAGGUCUUCCCCACCCAGGCUGCCAACUGGAUCCCGGCGCUGAGGUGGCGGGGGGACCCGCGGGACGAAGAACUGCUGUGCCUCACCCCGCUGCUGGGACGGCUCGGCCGGGCGGUGAGGACCGAGGGGGGGGGGAGCUGGGGAGGGGAUGGGCACCCUGGGCUCCUGCGGCAGGGCAGUGUGAGCUGCCCUGGACCCCCUCUGUGGGCACAGCCCUCCCCUAUCCCCGUGUCUCCCCGUGCAGGAUGAUGUGCGUGCCGAGAUCCAGCGUCGGUUCCCGCACCGCGGGCUGCCCACUGAGGACUAGGGCAGCCCAGACGGAGGGGAGCGGGACGGAGAAAACCCCUCGGAGGGGCCGGUGA